AAACAACAGUGUCUUCUUUAGGAGCAUGGAUUGAAUACGUAUACGCGAAUACAUUUGUAUGACAUAUAAUAUAUAACUUAAUUUAUGGAGUUAGAUGUAAUAAAGAUUAGGUUAGUCUGGUGAACGUGUUCUACGGUGCUAGUCGUACAAUGUUACUCGUUAGAGGCGGCAAAGUCGAGCUAUUUUCAUAGUAAUGCGAAAUAUUACAUAUAGGAAAAAGUGUCGUUUAUUUGAAACAAAAGAAUGACGAUAGUUUUAUUUUAUGGGUGAUUGUCAUUUGUCCUAUUUGAAAAGCGCCACAUUAUUUAAGACAAAGAAACCCGCGAAAUCUCAAUGUGAAUGUGUUUAUGAGAAUAACCAACGAAUAUCAUCGAAAUUAACGUAAUAUCAAAUACGACAUUUUUUUUCAUCCUUCGUUUGCAUACAUGUUCUGCGAGGAAGGAUAUUGAAGAAUACGAAUACAACGUUAGAAGAGAGAAAGGAUAUCUCGAUAUAAAUCAUUUGGAUUAUUAAUUAAAUCAUACGAUCUUUUCUUUAUUGAUAUCUUUUUAUAUUUACAAAUGAGACAAUUGAUGUUGAAUAAUCAAUUAAUAUAUUACAAAGGAAUAACUUGUGCGUUGUGAUGUGUAUCGAUGAAUUGUCCGAUUCAUACUAGUACAAAGCGAUAAUCUCAAGAGAAUUAAUCGGAUCUAAUCGAUCGUUAAAUACUCGAUCGUUAAAGAAAAAAAAAAACAUUUAAGUGUGGUCUUCGAGAUAAGUGUUAAUUGUAAUUUCAAUAAUCCGAUAAAAGAGUAUUUAUCAGUGUAUGUUGAUCGAUGAGUGAUAUAUUUUCAGAGGAUUUUUUUUUCCCUUUUAAGGAUUUCGCAAUUCAAUUUAAACGCAAUUCAAAUAUAAUAUUUCAUUGACAAUAAAGAAGAAUUUUUUUUAUACCAUAUAUCCGAGGUAAAGUACAAUGGAUUCGAGUAAAACAAAAUCCAAACCAAAUCCAAGAGAAAAGGCAAAUAUUAUUUCCGUGUUAUUUUGGUGGUGGUCUUUGAGUUUAUUUAAAACUGGUUACAAGAAAAUAUUAGAAGCCGAAGAUUUAUACGAUCCUUUAAAAGAAGAUCGUUCUACCGUCCUUGGAAAUAGAUUAGAAAAACGAUGGAACAUCGAAUUGGAAAAUGCGAAGAAACAAAAACGCAGUCCGCUCUUUUUGAGAGCGAUAUUUCGUACUUUUUUAAUGGAAUACUUCCUUUUAGGAUUAUUGCAGAUACUUAAUGAAUUUAUAAUAAGAUUAGGAACACCAUUGUUAUUAGGUGGUCUUUUAAGAUAUUUCAAAAAGGGUAGCGAGGAAACAUAUGAGACCGCACUUUUAUAUGCCAGUGGUAUUUGUAUAGCAACGGCGAUUAACGUAAUUACGAUUAAUCAAACAAUAUUUGGUGCAUUUCACAUUGGUGCAAAAGUCAGAAUUGCUGCUUGCUCUGUAGUCUACAGAAAAGCAUUACGACUUAGUCAAACGGCAUUAGGAGAUACUGCUCCAGGAAAAGUAGUCAAUUUAGUGGCCAACGAUGUUAAUAGAUUCGAUCUUGUUUCCAUCUUUAUACAUCACAUGUGGUCAGCACCACUUACUGCUUUAAUCAUUGCCUAUUUUCUUUAUACCGAAGCUGGAUAUUCUGGUCUUUUUGGGAUAGCAGCAGUUUUUGUGGUCGUACCAAUUCAAUCUUAUACCGGUAAACUUUCUUCAAAGUUUAGACUGCAGACGGCCAUAAAGACGGAUGAAAGGGUACGGCUGAUGGAUGAGAUUAUUUCUGGCGUGCAAGUAAUAAAAAUGUACGCCUGGGAGAAGCCCUUUUGCGCGUUAGUCGAAUUGGCUAGAAAAUUGGAGUUACGAGUAGUCAGUAAAAGUUCAUCCAUUCGUGGUAUCUAUAUGACAUUUAAUUUAUUUACAACGAGAAUGGCACUUUAUUGUACCCUAAUAUCAAUGAUUAUGCUUCGUAACGAAUUGACCGCCGAAAAAGUGUUCGUUUUCUCUUCGUACUUUAAUAUACUUGCUCAAACAAUGUCUGGAAUGUUUGUACGCGGUUUUGCCGAAAUUGCGGAAUGUCUUGUGGUUGUACGACGAUUACAACAUUUCUUGAUGUACGACGAGUUUCGUAGUAAUAAUAUUACGAUAAGUAAUAAAUUAUCGAGAAGUCCAAACGGUAGCAUUACAUCUAUAUCGAGACAAACGUCUAUCAGAGCGUCAAGGCAAGAUUUACCUUAUAUGGACGAUGAAGUUAUUGAUGAGAAUUAUUUUCAAGAUAACGAGAAAAACAUACAAAAUGGAUUGAUAAUAGUAGCUAACGAUUUGUUGAAAAACACGGCCAGUCUAGUUAAUGAUAGAAGUGAUUCAGCUUUAUCCGAAGAUUCGUAUGCGAUUAAGAUGACAAACGUAAUAGCAAAUUGGGAAGGCGGUCAAUCUGAAACAAUAUUAGAAGGUAUAAAUCUAUUGUUAGAGAAAGGCAAAUUAUAUGCAGUUAUUGGAAUGGUAGGAGCUGGUAAAAGUUCAUUCCUUUCGGCGAUACUCGGUGAGAUGAAUAUCAUAGAUGGUUGUGUGAAAUGUAACGGUAAUGUGAGUUACGCUAGUCAAGAAGCAUGGGUGUUUGGUGCUACCGUUAGACAAAAUAUUCUAUUUGGGCAACCGUACGAACGUCAACGUUAUCAGCGUAUAGUCAAAGCUUGCGCUCUUCUUAGAGAUUUCAAGCAAUUCCCACAGGGCGAUUUAACGAUCGUUGGUGACAGAGGGAGUUCUUUAUCUGGUGGUCAAAAAGCUAGAAUCAACUUAGCAAGGGCAUUAUACAAACAAGCGGAUAUUUAUCUUUUAGAUGAUCCUUUGAGCGCGGUCGAUGCGCACGUCAGUAAGCAUCUUUUCGAGGAAUGUAUUCAACGAUAUUUGGCGCAUAAGACACGAAUUUUGGCAACGCAUCAAUUGCAAUAUAUAAAAGAAGUCGACGCUAUAAUACUUUUGGAAAAGGGAAAAUUUAAAUUGUAUCAAAAUUAUCAAGACCUUUUGAUCGAUUAUCCAGAAUAUAGAAGUUUAUUGGCAACAGACAAUGAUACGAGCGAGGAUUCUUCUUUCGAAAGGAAUUCAAUACGAAGACAAUUUUCUUCAUUGAGUAAUAGGAGUCGUACGCCAGAAGCUAGUAGUGGUGGUACAGAUGACGAAGAGGAAAAUGAAGAUGUUGAAAAAUUUAAUGACGGUUUAGAAGGAACAUCACGUGGUGUAGUAAAAGGACCAAUUUUUAUUCGAUAUUUUCAAGUCGGCGCCAAUCUUUGUCUUGCCUUAUUAGUCCUCUUUUUAAUAAUUCUCACGCAAUUCAUUGCCAGUCUUAAUGAUUAUUUUAUUCCAAUCUUAGUUAACGCCGAAGAGACAUUACAUUAUCAGCAAACACAAGCGAAUAUUACUAUGGAAGAUGAAAUACCAACGCAUAUAAGCAAUACUUAUGUAUACAUUUAUACUGCAAUCGUAAUUGGAAUAUUCAUCAUUGGUAUCACGAGAUCAUUAAUUUUUUAUAAAAUGUGCAUGCUAUGCAGUCAACGUUUACACGACAUGACUUUUAGCGCAUUGAUCAGAACUAAUAUGAGAUUUUUUGAUACCAAUCCAAGUGGAAGAAUUUUAAAUAGAUUUUCGAAAGAUAUUGGUGCAAUCGAUGAAUUAUUGCCUAAGGCAUUAUUAGAUGCUGGCCAAUUAUGUAUGCUAAUGUUCGGAUCAUUGACCGUAUCUUGUAUAGUCAAUCCAAUGUUUUUAAUUCCUGUAAUAUUUUUGGGAACGACAUUUUAUUGGAUUCGUAAAGUUUAUUUAAAAACAAGUAAAAAUAUUAAACGUUUAGAAGGCAUCACACGAUCACCAGUGUUUACCCAUUUAAAUGCUACGUUAAAUGGUCUACCUACUAUUAGAGCAUAUGGCGCUCAAGAUAUAUUAAAAAUGGAGUUCGAUAAAUUUCAAGAUGCGCAUACGUCUACGGUUUACAUGUAUAUUGUAACUAGUACAGCAUUUGGAUUUUCUUUGGAUGUAUUUUGUUUCAUAUUUACAUCACUUGUAACCUUCAGCUUUCUUUUAUUAAGUACAACAUUUUCUGGUGGUGAGGUUGGCUUGGCUAUUACCCAAGUGAUGGCCAUGACUGGUAUGAUACAAUGGGGAAUGCGACAAAGUGCCGAGGUCGCUAAUCAAAUGAUGUCAGUUGAACGUGUCCUUGAAUAUACGCAAUUACCACCGGAAGAUAAUUUACGUAACAAAGGAAAAUUUUUCAAAAAGUCGGAUAAACAAAAUUUAGAAUCCUUACCACAAAAUGCACCAAAGAAUUGGCCUAGCGAGGGUUGUAUCAGAUUUAGGGAUAUAUAUAUGAGAUACACCGAUGAGGAUCUGCCGGUUUUGAAAAAUUUAAAUUUAUUGAUUUUACCACGUGAAAAGGUCGGUAUUGUGGGAAGAACUGGGGCUGGAAAAUCAUCAUUGAUAUCGGCAUUAUUCAGAUUGGCGAAGAUCGAAGGGAUAAUAGAAAUUGAUAAUGUCGAUACCGGAUCAAUUUGUUUGGAAGAUUUGCGACGUAAUAUAUCUAUUAUCCCUCAAGAUCCAGUUUUAUUCUCAGGAACAUUAAGACGGAAUCUUGAUCCAUUUAAUGAGUAUUCGGAUCAAAUAGUUUGGGAAGCUUUGGAAGAAGUCGAAUUAAAAGAUGCCGUUGCCACUGCUGGAAAUGGUUUAGAAUCUCGUGUACUUGAUAGAGGUAGUAAUUUCAGUGUUGGUCAAAGACAACUUAUAUGCUUGGCAAGAGCAAUUUUACGAAACAAUCGUAUAUUAAUGCUCGAUGAGGCAACGGCUAAUGUAGAUCCCCAAACGGAUGCUUUGAUACAGCGUACGAUAAGAAAGAAAUUUGCUUCUUGUACAGUAUUGACGGUUGCUCAUCGAUUAAACACUAUAAUGGACAGUGAUAAAGUAUUGGUUAUGGAUAAGGGUAGAAUGGCGGAAUACGAUCAUCCUCAUAUACUAUUGCAGAAUAAUUAUAGUCAAUUUACUUCGUUGGUGAAAGAAACUGGUAGAGCUAUGUCAGAUCAGCUGAUUAAAAUGGCCAAACAAUCGUAUAUAAACAAAUAUGGAGAACAAAAAUCAUGAUAUUUUUUCUAUAUAUUUUUCUAACGUUACUAACUAUCUAUAAUUUAGGUCGAAUGAUUAAUAUCAGACUUUUAAAGCCUGAUUGUUCCUUAGCUCAUAGAAAUUCUAUACCAAGAAACUAUAUAAUGUGUAUAUAUAUAUAUAUAUCUAUAUAAUGUGUAUAUAUAUAUAUAUAAUAUAUAUAUAUAUAUAAUAUAUAUAUAUAUAUAUAUAUAUAUAUAUAUAUAUAUAAAAUAAGCAUAUACAGAUAUCUCUAUCUUAAUAAGUAUUAUGCCAAAAGAUUUCUUUAAUAUCAAGAAAUUAUGUUUUAUAUUAUAUCCCUGAAUAACUUUCUAUUGCAUAUAUAUAUAUAUAUAUAUACGUAUAUAUGUAUAUAAUAUAUACGUACAUAAAUAGUUCUUUUUUUUUGUUUGUUUUCAAAUCUAAUAGAUUUAUCAAAUUUAAUACUUUAAUCUCUGGAUAAGUACAAAUACUUUCAUACAAAAAGUACUUAUAUUUUUCUACUUUACAUUUUACCUGAAUGUUAUUUCCAAAGUCCAUAGAACUAACUUCAAAUGUGAUAAUUUAAGAAAAUAGAGAGAUCAUAGAUUAUUCUCAUAUACAAUUUAAGGUGCUAUAAAGUAUUCCUAAUGAAAAAUAACAUAUUAAUCAUAUUUAUAAGAAAAAUUAUCAUUGGAUAAUUGAUUCCAAUUCAUAUUUA